CACGAUUCGAGAGAAUGACGAAAACACGCGAUACUAGGAUUCAGUGGUUGGAAACGAUCAUCAGCCGUAGACGCUAUAGAAAAAGAAAUCAAAUAAUAGCUGAGUAACUGUUACCUGUAUUGUGGUCAGAAGUGGGGAGCUCAUUGAUAAAACAGUAACUAUGCAGCCCGCUUCAGCUAAGUGGUAUGACAGGAGGGACUGUGUAUUUGUGGAGUUCUGUGUGGAGGACAGUAAAGAUGUACAAGUGAACUUUGACAAAUCAAAAUUUGAGUUUUGCUGUGUCAGUGGAGCAGAUAACAUCAAGCACCAGAAUGCAGUGGACCUCUUUAACGAGAUUGACCCCAAAGAAUCCAAACACAGACGCACUGACAGAUCUGUGUUGUGCUGUUUACAAAAAGCAGACGCUGGGAAACCAUGGCCACGACUUACCAAAGACAAGACAAAGUGCAACUGGCUGAGUUUGGAUUUCAAUAAUUGGAAAGACUGGGAAGAGGACUCGGAUGAGGACAUGUCAAAAUAUGACAAAUUCUCAGAGAUGAUGAACACUAUGGAAGGGGAUGAGAUGUGUGAUUUAGAUGAGCCUUAUUCUGCAGACAGUGAUGAUGAAUAAAUUCCCGACCUUGAGUAGAAGCCCCGAGAGCCGUGUCAGUAGUAAACAAAGUGAUAAUUAAUUGGCUUAAAGGAGAGAUUGGUCAUGAAAUGCAACAAGGUUGGAGAAGAAGCUUUUUCUCUCUGCAGAUGUUUCAGUGCGAAACUCCUCGGGAGAAUGACGAGGAGUGACUGUUGGAUACAGACAUGCGCAGAGAUCCAUAGCAACAUAAAUUGCUGUGCUUUGCUGUUCUGCAUGGACAAUUCUGUUCAAAUUAAAAUGUUAUUGUUCAUAGUUAAAUGACUGUAAUGGGGAUGUGCUGAUGUCUUACACCUCUCUUUUUUGCAGUGUCGGGUUAAAUAUUGAGCAUUGUGAUUUCUAGGAAGAAAAAAAACGAAAAUUCCUAUUUUCCAAAAAAGUCGAUUUUUGUAAUGACAGGUUUACCCCUUUUAAUAUUUGUAAAGUAAAUGGCACUUUUAAUUUUUGUUGAUUUAAAAAAUAAUAGGAAGUUCUGCUUAAAAUGGAUUUUCAAUGUAUGCCGACAUCUGCAAAUAUUUAACAAAAUCAUUUUUCAACAUCAUUUAAAAUAAACAGAUAUGCUUGUGCAACA